AUGAAAUUGGCAAAGAGGGCCAAAUGCCUUCUCAAGGGCAUUGGAUCAAAACAGAGCGAGAAGACGACAACAGAGACCUCACAGACUACACACGCUCGGCGGCAUGCCCUUCUAAGCCGCCCAGCCCCAGAUAAACUCCCGAGAGAAGCUGCUGCUGCCGCCGCUGCCGCUGCUGCGCGUCGUGCUGCGGAGGCACUGCGGGCCGUGACAGGGAAGUCUGCAGCCAUCCUGGGCAAGAGGCCGAGACACGACAUGGGGCAUCCUGCCAUUGCCAUCCACGAGGACGAAGACGUUUCCCUCCGCGAGACACGUCGUCUAGACAAGCCCACCACUGCCACCACCACCAAAGACAUGGCUCAGACACAGUCUGAAGACGGCGACUCUAUCGACGGCUCCUGCUAUUCAGAAGAGUCGGAGGCGAGUGAUGAUGACAUCGACGAAAGUGUGGUGGAGGACAUGCGCAAACUGGAGGAGGAUUUCAAGGGUAUUUCCCAGAGAUACCGACUCAUCAAUCGCAUUGGCGAAGGUACCUUUUCAACCGUCUACAAAGCCGAGCAACUCCCUCAACCGAACGAGAUCAAUGGCCAUGACGAAAACGACGAGCCUGCGGAUGAGUCCAAUCCUGACAUGCCACCUUCCAAGAGGCGAAAAACAAAUGCUGGUGCUGGGCGGUCUACCAAGUCACGACGGAAACCGCAGAUGGUUGCUCUGAAGAAGAUCUACGUGACGUCCUCACCCCAUCGCAUCUUGAAUGAGCUGGAACUCCUCCACGAGCUCCGGGACUCACCAUACAUAUGCCCUCUCCUCACGGCGUUUCGACACCUCGACCAAGUUGUGGCAGUAUUGCCGUACUUCAGACACCUUGAUUUUCGACUGUAUUAUCGAGACUUCCUGGUCAAUGAUAUGCGGCAUUAUUUCCGAAGCCUGUUCAACGGCCUGUGGCAUGUUCACAAGGCUGGCAUUCUGCAUCGCGAUAUCAAGCCAACAAAUUUCCUCUACGACCAUUCCAGAAGAGAAGGGGUCUUGGUCGACUUUGGUCUCGCCGAGCGGCAAGGCACAGACUGGCAGCCAUGUCUGUGCACCGAAUCGAAAGAGAGAAGGCGAGAUAAGUUCCUCAACUCGUUUGCAGUGCAGGUCCUACAAACUCAGCCUGAUCUGAUAUCCACUGGCUACCCAAAAUCUGACAGUCGAACUUCGCGAAGAGCAAACCGAGCGGGGACGCGCGGGUUUCGAGCACCAGAAGUACUACUCAAAUGCACAUCUCAAACGACAAAGAUUGACAUUUGGUCAGCCGGAGUCAUCCUUCUCACGCUUCUAGCCAGGCGCUUCCCAUUCUUCAACAGCGCUGACGAUGUUGACGCCAUGAUUGAAAUGGCCUCAAUCUUCGGUAGGAAGAAGAUGCAGGCUGUUGCAGCCAUGCACGGUCAGUUGUUCGAAACCAACAUCGAAACCAUUGGGGAGCGUGGGUUCACCCUUGAUAAGAUCAUCAUCUGGGCCAGCUGUCGUGAGAAGGAACACGACACUCUCCGAGCAGGCGAGGCUCAAGCAGUGUCAUUUCUUCAAGGUCUCCUCGAACUCGAUGCGAGCAAGCGAUUGAGCGCAAAGGAGGCAUUGCAACAUGAGUUUUUCACCGCACCCGUUGAGGACGAGGAAGAACGUGCAGAAAGAGAAGCACAGGAAGCCUUUGAGGAGGCGCAGGGGACGAGACGCGGUUGA